CAUCACGUAACCCUACGUUGUACACGGUCUAGUUCCGGUCUCGCAAAGGCAGCUGUAAGUGGACCACCAACCAUGGUGCUGAACCCCGUCAUCUCCAAACUAGCUGGUAAACUGGUUGUGUUGGCGAGCGCGUCGCCGCGGAGACUGGACAUCCUUCGCAAUGCUGGCCUGCGCUUUGAGGUGGUCCCAUCCUGGUUCAAAGAAACUCUCGACAAGCAACUGUUCAAAGCACCUCAGCAGUACGCUGUGGAGACGGCCAAGCAGAAGGCACUGGAGGUGGCGAGGAGAAUGCCCUGUAACCACCUUAAAACUCCAGACAUAGUGAUCGGCGCAGACACUAUUGUGACAGUUGAUGGCAUGAUUCUUGAGAAGCCACGCGACAAGCAAGAUGCAUACAGGAUGCUCUCGAGUUUGAGUGGUAAAGAGCACAGUGUCUUCACAGGCGUCGCCAUCGUGCUCUGUUGUCAGAAAUCAAAUGAAGAGGAUUACCAGAUAGUUGACUUUUAUGAAGAAACCAAGGUGAAGUUCGCCGACCUCUCGGAGGACAUGCUGUGGGAGUACAUUGACAGCGGUGAACCCAUGGACAAGGCGGGCGGCUAUGGCAUCCAGGCUCUGGGUGGGAUGCUGGUGGAGUACGUGCAUGGAGACUUUCUCAACGUUGUGGGUUUCCCCCUCAACCACUUCUGUAAACAGCUGGACCACAUUUACAACCAAAGAGGCAGUUGCCACGGCGACACUGUUCCAGUUCUGCCAGUCGCAAAUCAUUCGCUACCUACCGCUUCAUCUACACACGUGGUAGUUCCUGAACAUCAAGUGGUCAACAACUCAUCUGAACAUUCUGAGAAAAUACCACCAGCUACUGCCACUAGGGGGCAAUUCAAUGAAUGUGAGGACAGUGAAGAAGCCAAAGAGGACCUCCAGAAAAUCAUUCAACUGAUGGAUGGAUUCAAAGCCUCCAAGGCACUCUUUACCGCUUCCAAGUUGGGCGUAUUUGACUUGCUCCAGCGCAGACCAGCAAUGGAUGCGGUCCAGGUGGCCCAGGAGCUGCAAACAUCCGUCAAGGGAACAGAGCAUCUGCUUGAGGCAUGCCUCUCGCUAAAACUCUUAAAGAGCACAAACUGUAAGACACCGUCAUACGAGAACACAGAGCUGUCCAAACGCUUCCUGCUGUCCGACGCGCCAUCGUCCCUGCUGGGCCACUUGGCGCACUGCAACGACACCGUGUGGCCACUCUUCAGCCACCUGGAGAGCGCCGUAAAGGAGGGCGUCCGCCAGCACCACAGGGCCUUCUGCAGCAAGUCUGACGACUUAUUCCAGGACUCAAUCUACAGGAGCCAGGAGGUGAGGCUGAGGUUCAUGAAGGCCAUGCACAGUAUCGCUCAAGUGACCGGCAAAGCGGUGGCAACAGCUUUUGACCUGUCUGCCUUUAAGAGUGCCUGUGACCUCGGAGGCUGUACAGGUGCAAUGGCUUUGGAAUUCGCAAAAGCUCACCCAGGGAUGUCCGUGACAGUGUUCGACUUACCGACUGUAGUUGAAAUGAGUCCUCGUUUCCUUCCACCGUGCACUAAAGAAAAGGUCACAUUUGUUGCAGGAGACUUCUUCAAAGAUGCCUUACCCAAAGCGGACUUGUACAUCCUUUCGAGAAUUCUUCAUGACUGGUCAGAUGACAAAGUGAACCUCUUGCUCAGCAAAAUUGCAGACGCAUGCACGCCAGGUUGUGGCCUGCUGCUGAGUGAGAUUUUCCUGGACGAGGGUAGAACAGGGCCAAGUCGCGGGCUGCUCCAGGCCCUCAGCAUGAGCGAAGGCAGACAGAGGAGCGCCGACGAAUACGCUCUGCUUUUGAAGGGCCACGCCUUUGUUGCCACCGCUAUCAAACAGACGGAAAACCUGCUGGAUGCAAUGCUCUGCAUCAAAGUCUGACCCCCGCUUCAACACUCCAAAGGUCUGCCAGCCUUAACCACAAGCACAAACUACCCCAAACGCCAUUGCAAGUCCCAAAUUCCAAUUUAAUGGUCUUCUCACCUACAGUAGAAUAUACUUUCAGGCAGUAUUGAAUGAACCCAGCAUUUCUAAUUCAACACAAGAUCAAAUGUGAUGGUCUGUGCAACUCAGAUAUGCACUAUUUCUAAUAAUGAUAAUAUGUAUCACCUUGAGACCAUAUUUAAUUUUACUCUGUGCUCUUCCAUUGUACUGAAACUAGACCAUUUAAUUUAUGUGCACGUUCCGUUUAUUUCUUUUGUACAUAUUUUUUUU